UUCGUUGGUUUCCGGUCAGCGUCGCCAUCUGCUUUCUCGUCCUUCUCCAAUCUCCGUGUUGUUGUUCCCGGUGACGCGGCGGAGGUGUAGCCUGACGCGGGCUCUUACGUGUCGGCCAGAAUAAAAGUGGAGCUCCRGAGACCCGGGAGUGACGAAAGGGUGUCUGUAUCGCUUCGCCAAUGAAGAUGGAGCCAGCAGCCGAGGCUCAGCAGGCGGCGGACACUGCUGUGAUUGAGACGGAGAGCCAGCAGAUCACCCCGGCACAGAUAGCCACUUUAGCACAGGUAUCCAUGACAGCAGGACACGCCUCGGCAACGGGUCCCACCGUAACGCUGGUGCAGCUUCCCAACGGACAGACGGUUCAGGUCCACGGAGUAAUUCAGGCCGCACAGCCGUCCGUCAUCCAGUCCCCGCAUGUCCAGGCUGUGCAGAUCUCCACCAUAGCUGAAAGUGAGGACUCUCAGGAGUCAGUCGACAGCGUGACGGACUCCCAGAAGCGGCGAGAGAUUCUGUCGCGGCGUCCAUCAUACAGGAAAAUCCUGAACGACCUUUCGUCCGACGCACCAGCGGUCCCUCGAAUCGAGGAGGAAAAGGCCGAGGAGGACUCGUCUGCKGCCGCAGCCACGCCCGCCAUCACCACCGUUACCGUGCCGACACCMAUCUACCAGACCAGCAGCGGACAGUACAUUGCGAUCACGCAGGGCGGAGCCAUUCAGCUGGCCAAUAACGGCACAGAUGGAGUUCAGGGCCUUCAGACUCUGACCAUGACCAGCGCUGCUGCAGCGGCCGCCCAGCCGGGAACCACCAUCCUACAGUACGCACAGACCAGCGACGGCCAGCAGAUACUGGUUCCCAGUAACCAGGUGGUGGUCCAAGCCACCUCAGGCGAUGUUCAGGCUUAUCAAAUCCGAGCAGCUCCAGCCAACACCAUCACCUCUGGCGUUGUCAUGGCGUCCUCUCCCGCCCUCCCGACACAAGGAGCCACAGAAGAAGUCACCAGAAAACGGGAAGUCCGACUCAUGAAGAACAGAGAGGCAGCCCGGGAAUGUCGCAGGAAGAAGAAGGAGUAUGUUAAAUGUCUGGAGAACAGAGUCGCCGUCUUGGAGAACCAAAACAAGACGCUAAUCGAAGAACUGAAAGCACUUAAGGAUCUUUACUGUCAUAAAUCCGAGUAGCUCGUAUCCUGAGCACAGAGCCGGGCCAAGUAGUUUGCUGGUUUCCUUCAAAUGCUUUGACUGUUUGAUUCUGGCCUUCCAAUCUGCUCAUGACUGGCCUGUUUUGUUUUUGUGUUUGUUUUUGGGUUUUUUUACCCAAUAAGGUCCACCCUUAUGACCUUUUCUUCAAUAGUACAAUACAUUUUGACAAC